AUGGAGGAUGGACAGUAUGUGGAAAACAGUAUCUGGUUCUACGCCCCGAACAAGGGAGCGCCGGAUUUUUUCAUCGUCGCCUUCUUGGCCGGCGGUGCUGCUCAUUUCUGGCAGGCAUUGCACUACAAAUGCUGGAGACUGACGGGACUAUACGUCUUCUGUCCGCUCCUAUUUGUCCUCGGGUUCGUCACUAGGGUGCUCGGGGCUUUCGACUAUGGCAAUCUGGUCAAGUACAUCAUCAGCAUAUGCUCAACCUAUGCGGCCCCGCCGCUGUACGAGCUGGGGAACUACUACGUGCUCGGCCGCAUACUGUACUUCGUUCCCUACUACUCCCCUAUACACCCCGGCCGGGUACUGACCACCUUCUCCGCCAUAUCCAUCGUCGUCGAGUCGAUCAGCGGUGUUGGGGCAUCUUACGUGGCCAACCAGUCAUUACCCAAGGAAAUGCAAGAGACCGGCCGAUCCUUGCUCCAGGCCGCCCUGAUCAUUCAGCUGGUAGUUGUCAGUCUGUUCCUCCUUCUCGCCUCGGCUUUUCACGUCAGGUGUCGAAGGAACGGGGUCAACCAUGACAAGUUCAACCAGGCCCUCAUCACACUGUACAUGAGCGAAGUCAUCAUCUUGGUGCGGUGCAUCUACCGGACCGUCGAGUACUUCGGCAUCUCCCGUGCCGACUUUGACUCUCCCACGUUCGACUCUGCGUCGGUCAGCCCCGUCAUCCGCUACGAGUGGUUCUUCUACGUGUUUGAAGCGACCCUGAUGCUGUGCAACAGCGUGUUGCUCAACGUUCGCCAUCCGCGCCGCUGGCUGCCGAAGAGCACGAAAGUCUACCUCUCGAAGGACGGCACUACAGAGAUCGAGGGCCCGGGAUACAAGGAAGACCGCAAGUACGUCAUGACGGUCCUCGAUCCUUUCGACAUAAUCGGUGUGGUCAAGAGGAGAGACAAGUCGACGCGCUUCUGGGACCUCGACGGGCCAGGCAGCGCGAAGACGAACGACGGCGGGGAGAUGCCGACGGGUCUCCUGCAGUCUCGUGGGGCUGUAUAA